AUGACCGUUGAAGCCGUCAAUGCACCCAAAGUACAUCCCUUCUUCGCCAAGCGUAGUCAAUUGAAGCCGAGUUCCAAGAAUGAGCGCAAUGCGUUGAAGCAAUCACCUUCUGCACCUGUCGUUGUUUCAGGGGAUAAAAGCGAUCAGCCUUCCAAACCUCUUGAGCAGUUGUCUAACGGCAAAAAGACUCGAGCAACAAGUAAACCCAUGUCAACGUGUCCAGCAGAGAGCUCAACAACAGCUGCCAAACGUUAUGCGCGAUAUCGACAAGAAGUGAAGGAGCGUAUCCAUGAUGAAGAGUGUCAACAAGCAAAGGGGGAUGAAGAGCUCUCGCCCAUGGAUCAACUACUACGCGACUUUUAUGGAUGCUUAUUGACUGAACCAGAAGAUGAUACCAUUCCUCCAAUUCCUUGCUAUCGUCCAUUCAAAAAGGGUCCUGCAGUGUGGCCUGAUCAGUCAUUGUUUCAAGGUGGACACAUUCAUCAAUUCGACAAUGAAGACUAUUUUGCAUCAAAAGAAGUAGCUUGUUCAUCGAAGGCGGAUAAAGAGGAGCCUGGAGAUCGUAUCCGCAAAAUCCUCAUCACAUCAGGUUCAGCUUUUUUCACUGAAAGACGUGCCUGGAGAACGACAACAUCUAGAAAGACAACUCCACCUUCUACAAUUGCUGGAUCGAAUAAGCAACCAAAGACCACGGUGACAUUGAGUCGAGCAAAGGUGGAACGAUUGAUGGAUAACACAUACAAGGAUUGGAGGAAGAUUCCUGUGUGCGAAUACUUGUUUACGAUGCUCUUUAAGGACAACGACCACGCAAACGAUGAAGAUGAUGAUGACAAUGAGGAUACCCAUCGACAACUUUCAUGGCCAGAAAAAUAUCGACCGAAGCACGUAUCGAAUCUUCUCGGCAAUCCCAAAUGCUAUGCGUUUUUAUCAGAAUGGUUACAUCAGAGCAAAGUUCGUACCAGCAAAGAGGAGCAGCAGAAAGUCAACAGGAGUAAACGAGCCAAAGUCGACAAAGGCAAAUCACCAUCAUUGGAUUUUGAGCAGCUGACAUUGGAUGGUUCGGAUCAUGAAGAAGAAGAAGAGGAGGAGGAUGGAGGAUCAAGUAUGGACGAAGAUGAUGAUGAUGACGACGACGACUUUGUUAUGAAGGAUUCAAGGAGAAAAAGGCAAAAACGAGAAAAGAAGAAGCACAACAUAGUUUUGAUGGUUGGACCCAAUGGUGUCGGCAAAACAGCGAGCAUUUAUACGGCAGCACAUGAAAUUGGAUUUGACGUAUUUGAGAUUAAUGCGGGUUCGAGACGAUCGGGCAAAGAUGUUCUUUCAGCCGUUGGUGAGAUGAGUGACAGCCACCAAGUCAAUUUUGCCGAAGGUUCUUCCAAGGAGCAAUUUGCGAAUCUUGCUUUGAUGUUUGAAGCCGAAUCCAAGAAACGGCAACUUCAGGAGGAUCAAAACAAGCAAAACGCCAAGAAAAGAAAGACGCGACAGGAGACAGCGAAUAGCAAAGGAUCGAUCAUGAGCCAUUUUGCAAAGCUUCCAAAGACAACAACAACAUCCGAUCAACAACCUCAUACAGCAAUGGCAGUGGAUGAACAGGAAGAGAGCCAUACUGAUACCACCACUCAUGAGAAGAGCAAUGACAACAACGAAGCUGCAGCUGAUGAUGAUGAUGAUGAUGAUAAGAAAAGGGAUCAGCAACCAUUGAGCGCACCAAAGCAGAGCUUGAUCCUGAUUGAGGAGGCUGAUUUGUUGUACGAGGAUGACAAAGGAUUUUGGCCUGCAGUGAUUGAUCUUGCACAAAGAAGCAAACGGCCGAUUAUUAUGACAUGCAAUGAUGAUGAUUUGAUACCUGCUGAAUCGCUUUCAUUCGAGAAGGUCAUCCGAGUGCAUGGACCAAACCGGAAGAUACUCGCACCUUAUUUGCAAUUGCUGUGCCUGAACGAAGGAUACAUCAUCGAUCCAUUUGAGCUUGUACAUCUUAUUGCAUCGAUUGGGAAUGAUUUACGCCAACUGAUUCAGACGCUCGAAGUGUGGUGCAAGCAACCUGAUAUAGCUGUGCCUGAACGGGAUCAUAGCAAGGGGAAAAGGACCUUUGUUACGUGUCCCCGGAUAUUUGCUCAGUACAUGGACCUUGACGACAAUGGGCAUUUCGAUGAAUUCUCAAAGGACGAUUUCUGGAAUAAGAUUGAUAUGCCAUUACUCAGCCAACUAUAUACGGACAAGAUCAACAACGUCAAGCCCAAGGCUAACAUUGCAGAAGCCAUGUGGGCAAAUGACAUCAAAGGUGUUAUGCGUGCCUUGGAUACUGCAUGCUUUGUGGAUUCUUUUAUUGCUCCAACGCAUGAAUCAGGCCUACAGCAAGUGAAUAGUGAUCAGCUAGCGGGAUAUUCUGGGUCACUUUGUACGAGUGAGCAUGCAGAUGCGGCGUUGCAAGACUUGGGUUCGACCAUCAUGACGCUCAGCAAUAAGCGAUUGAAGAAUCGUAAAUGGCAACAAGAAAUCCGACAAGGUGCCGCCACAUGGGGCGAAUUGUGUGACAUUCGAACAACUACCUUCCUUGAAUGCAGUGAUGCAUCCAUGCGAUUACUAAACUGGCGAUUGGCAGCGAUUCCGGUCCGAAGCAUUGUUAUGCCAGAUUAUAUACCUGCCAUCCGAGCCAUGUGUCGUGAAGAACAAGCUAUCACCAACACUCGUAGAAAACGACGACCAGCUCGACGGAAGCGGAAUUGGGUACUUAACGAGGAUAGCAUCGCGACAUUGACACGGGAUCGGGCAAUAACAAAUACGACCCGCCAUUGGCAUGAACAUGCAAUCAAGUACACUGAACGCUGGAAUAAAUCGCCCACCAACAACAUAGGCUAG